AAAGAUCACAGUGAAGACACGGAGGAGCUGCUGGACUUGCCUCCCUUGCUCCUUGUGCCCUGCCAGUGUCCCAGCUUGCUGCCCAGACCCUCACACCCCAGUGUCCCCAAAGACCCCCAAGUGAAGAUUCCGCAGGUCUGGCACACGUCUGGGCACAGCAGACCCCAGAUGGAGCUGGCUCUCCUGCGGCUGCCCCAAACACUGCUGCUGCUGGGGACAGCUGCCCCUGCCGUGUCUGACCUGGAGAUGGCCGACCUGGUGGAGCUGUGUGGGCAGACGUGGCAGGGCGACGGGCUGCUGCUGCGCUCUCACUCGGCCUCGCGCAGGUUCUACUUCGUGGCUCCGGACACCGACUGUGGGCUCUGGGCCACACAUCCAGACUCCCGGCACAGGAGUCAACCAGAGCCUCACCCCAGGCUUCCCCUUUCUACCCCAGGACCUCGUGGUGCCUACUUCCGCUGCCAGAACGGCAGGUGCAUCCCCCCGAGCCUGGUGUGUGACCACUGGGGCCUGGACGACUGUGGAGACAGCAGCGACCAGGGGUCCUGGCCACCAGCCAGCUGUGGAGGUCCCUCUCUGCCACCGGGCCAGGCAGGGGGCAUGGACAUCGACUCCUCCAAGUCCCCGACUCUCUCUGUGGCUCUGGGUUCUGCAGGCCCCCACGGGAGUGCACCGGAGAGGAGUCCCCCAGGAGGCCAGGACCCUGCGCGGCAUGAUGCAGCUGUGGAAGGCCCCCGGCUGCACGGUGUGGCGCUGGCCUCCUCGCUGCUCCUGGCCUCCAUCAGCCUCCUCGUGGGCCUGCUCUGCUGCUGCUGCUCUCCGGGAUGGCCGGCCUGGCUUCUGAGUGCCUGGGGCGUGUGCCUCAGAUGCAGUGCAGCCGGCAACAUCUGCCCCGUGUGUCCUGGCCGGGUGGCCCCUGGGGGGCCCGAGGACGGGGCCCGGCCUUCAGGACCAGGGAGACCGCCCCUAGAGAGGCUGCGGCCCUGGCUGGUGAGAUUGCUGGGCUCGGCUGCCUGGCCCGGGACACUUAACGUUUCCUGCCAGCAUGUGGUGAGGGUUGCAGGAGGCGCAGUGCACACAGUGACCGGUCCUUUGGCAGGCGUGGGCAUCGCUUGGCUGGAUCAGGGGAGAGUGUGGCCUCCACGGGAGGCUCAACUCACACCCAGACCCCAGCAGCAGCUGUGUCCCGUGCCAGCCUGCUCUCCAGGUGCCACUGAGCCAAGCCCCAAAGAGACACAGCAGACUCCUGGCAGGGAUAGCACCGUUUAUUAA